CAGCUGGGCAGCAGAAGCAGCAGCAGCAGGGGAGACGCGAGGGGCACCGCUGGGAGCGAUAUGGCAGGUGAGCUGCCCCUGGGCAUCAACAUCCGGGACCCCCGCUGGGACCAAGGCACCUUCCUGGGCAGAGCCCGGCAUUUCUUCACUGUCACUGACCCUCGCAACCUCCUGCUCUCAGGAGCCAAGCUGGAGGAAGCCCGGAGAACUGUGGAGAAUUAUCGGGCAGGGGUGGUGGCUCCUGGACUGACUGAGGACCAGCUGUGGCGGGCCAAGUACAUCUAUGACUCCGCCUUCCACCCUGACACCGGGGAGAAGAUGGUGCUGAUCGGACGCAUGUCUGCCCAGGUGCCCAUGAACAUGAUGAUCACAGGCUGCAUGCUCACCUUCUACAGGAGAACAUCGACUGUGCUGUUCUGGCAGUGGGCCAACCAGUCCUUCAACGCUGUUGUCAACUACUCCAAUAGGAGUGGAGAUGCGCCCAUCACAGUUGGGCAGCUGGGAACAGCUUACGUCAGUGCCACCACCGGGGCCGUCGUCACGGCACUGGGACUCAAGUCUCUCACCCAGCACCUGCCCUCCCUGGUGGGGCGCUUUGUGCCCUUUGCUGCUGUGGCAGCUGCCAACUGCAUCAACAUCCCCCUGAUGAGGCAGAGGGAACUCCAGGUGGGAAUCCCAGUGACUGACGAGAAGGGCCAUCGGUUGGGGGAGUCGGUGACAGCAGCCCAACGUGGUAUCAUCCAGGUGGUGGUGUCUCGGAUUGGCAUGGCUGUGCCCGCUAUGGCCAUCCCACCUGUGAUCAUGAAUGAGUUGGAGAAGAGAGACUUCCUCAAGCGCCGUCCCUGGCUCAGUGCACCUCUACAAGUGGGGCUGGUGGGGCUCUGCUUGGUGUUUGCCACCCCACUCUGCUGUGCGCUGUUCCCCCAGAGGAGCUCCGUACGGGUGAGCCAGCUGGAGCCUGAGGUCCAAGCGGAGAUCCGUGAGAAGAAUCCUGACAUCACAGUUGUGUAUUAUAACAAAGGCCUCUAAGGGAGUGGGCAGGGAGAGGAGUCUGGCUCAGAGCUCCUGCAGGAACAGGGUCCCCCACCGCUGUUCUCUUGUCGAGCUGGCCCCUCCCACGAGCUGCUGUUUAACCCUAGGAUGGCCCCCACUCCUUCAGCCCGGUUGGUUCCUCCCCCUUGCCUCUGUUCCAUUUUUCCCCAGGGCCACUCCUCGCAGCUCAGGGGACUGUGGCUGUUGGCAGAGGGAAGAGCUUGGUGCUAAGGUGCAGGGGGGCUCAAUCCAGUCCAGCUGAGCUGCCCCAUCCUCUAUCCUCCUCCUGGAUCCAGCCCCAGAGCCUUCCCCAACUGCUUUGUCAUGAGGAGUCGGGUAGAGCUGUCUUGGUCAUCACCGGAUCCUUAGCUGGAGGGGGCAGGUACUCAGGGUUUGGCUCUGGGUUGGGAACGGGAUGACCAAUUUCCUAUUCCCCAACCUUAACCCUGGUCCACAUCCUGCUGCUUCCAACUCCAGACUGGUGAGGGAGGGCUCAGCUGCUACCCUUUCUGAGACAGCCUGGGACAGCUCCCUGAGGGUUGUUCAAGUUCAAGUUCCCUGCAACCAUGUUCAUUUUGCCAUGCCUCUGCAGUCCCUGAACCCCAAGACUUCCAGGGCCCAAUGAACUGGGGAGACACUCCAUGGCUCUGGGCACAAGCCCUCCCCACCAGCUGUUCCUCUCGCCUCAACCCACCUCUCCAGGACUGUGCCUCUUUUUGCUUUUUCGUACUAGAACAAACCCCUGAUGCUCUGUGUUUGUGCAUUUGUUCUGGGGUCUCAGUCUCAGGGGACCUUUUGACUAGACCCUACCCCAGCACCCAAGUCCCAUCUUACAGCUCAGCAGGAACAGAGAAUGAAAGCAGAGGGUGUUUUUUUUUUUGUGUGUGUGUGUGUCUGUCUGUCUCCAACCCCAAAACUUGUAAUUCUGGGGAGGAAAGUUUCCCUUCAAACUAGGGGUGGGUGGAAGGGAGCAGGCUUCUGAAAGACAGCACUGCCAUGUUUUCUGAGCUCCUGAGCCUCACAGAAAUAAUUUGGAAAAACCUCACAGGACUUACCCUUACCCUUCUCCCCUCAUACUCCCCCCUAUCCCCCACACCAAACCCACUUGACUUGGCCUGGGCCCCAAAAGUGACCCUAAGAUACACAGUUGAAGAUGGUUUAUUCCUUGGCCCCUGGGUUCAGGAAAGGGCUUCGUGAGGGGAGAAGGUGGGAGCCUGUGUAUUCUCUCCCACUGCUUAGUACAGUGCUCUCAACACAGCAAGUACUUAGUAAAUACUAUUACUACUCCUCCGCUCUACCUCGCACCCCUUCACUCUACUGCCACUGCACCAGCAGGAAUUCCAGAAAUACAACUGUUUUCAAAUAAACUUUUCUGUCUCUUGCA